AUGGAAACGAGAAGCAAACCCCAGCUACUCCUGUUCCUGAUACUUUUCAGUGUGCUUUUCUCGCAGACCUUGGCAUGGCCUCUUUUUGGAGCACCUUCUGCUCUAAGUGUGGGUGACAGAAUGCCUUUUGAAGGAGCAAAUGAACCUGAUCAAAUUUCAUUAAAAGCAGAAACUGAUGUUUUACAGAAUACAUUAGCUGAAAAUGACACACCUUAUUAUGAUGUAUCCAGAAAUGUCAGACAUGCUGAUGGAGUUUUCACCAGUGACUAUAGUAGACUCUUAAGUCAACUUUCUGCCAAAAAGUACCUUGAGUCCCUUAUUGGAAAACGAAUUAGCAUCUCAGAAGACCAGGGACCAAUCAAACGCCACUCAGAUGCAGUCUUCACUGACAACUAUACCCGCCUUCGAAAACAAAUGGCUGUAAAGAAAUACUUGAACUCAAUUCUAAAUGGAAAGCGGAGCAGUGAGGGAGAAUCUCCUAACUUUCUCGAAGAGAUAGAAAAAUGA